CGGCAUUGUACUACGACAGUCUUUAACAGACCGCCGUGCCGUGAGGGGGCUGUGUUUCAGUCUCAACAAAUGUAAGUAAAGUGCUAAAUAACACUGACGCUUGAUCGAGGUUAGGUUAAACUAUUAAAUCUCCUCCGUGUUGAGCGUUAAAUCAUUCGAAGUACGUGAUAUCGACCGAUUGAUUUGACUUGUCCGGUUGCUAUUUAAUCGAAUUCGCAACAAGAUCCUCACAAUGAGUAGAAAUAACAACAAAGAAGUACGAGUAAAGAGAGAACGUUCGCCAGAAUGGGGUAAACCUAGUAUUAGUGCGAAACGUAAACCAAAACAGGAAAAAGAAAAACCAAAUUUCGGAUUGUCUGGAAAACUAACAGAAGAUACGAACACUGUAAACGGUGUGGUUAUUAAAUAUUCCGAACCUGCAGAUGCGAGAAAACCUAAACGAAGAUGGAGGUUAUAUCCGUUCAAAGAAGAGAAAGCAUUGCCUAUCUUGUAUGUUCAUAGACACUCAGCUUAUUUAAUGGGCAGAGAUCGCAAAAUUGCGGAUAUUCCCUUGGAUCAUCCUUCAUGCUCUAAGCAGCAUGCGGUUCUACAAUAUCGUUUAGUACCUUUUCAAAAAGAAGGUGGAGGCGAAGGGAAAAGAAUUUGCCCUUAUCUUAUAGACCUAGACUCUGCAAAUGGUACAUUUGUAAAUAAUGUAAAAUUAGAACCGAGAAGAUAUCACGAAUUAUUAGAACGGGAUGUAAUCCGUUUUGGAUACAGCACCAGAGAAUAUGUUGUAUUACACGAACAUAGUCAAGAUGAUUCGUCAGAUGAUUAACUAUUUCAAAUACAACUGCUGCUCGUUCUACUGUGAUAUUAGUUGGAAGAAGGUUCGAGAAAGAAGUUAUGACACAUAAUCACAUAGCUAUUUAGGUAUCGUCUACCACUAUAGCUAAGGCUAAUUUGUGAUUAUUCUUAAAUUGUACAAUGUAAGAUAUUAACUAGACUCAUGUAUAUAAUAUUUUUUACAUUUUAUCUAAUUAGGGAUGUAAGUUAA